UCCUUCUUGAUUUUUGUGACUGUGAUGUGACGUUCUUGUCUUAUGACGUUUUAUUGCGAUUUUAAAGAUUUUUUUGAUAAAUUGGAUUAAUUUUUAUACAGUUGUGCCAUAAUGUGUUAAUAUUUUAUAGUGACUCAAGAUGGCUUGCGUCGAGAAUAUACCACCACAAAAUGAUGAUUCAGAGAUGGAAGAGGGAGAAAUUGUAGAUGACUUAGACGAUUUAUCGGAUAUAUCGUCUGAAGAAGAGUUCCUAUUGCGCCAAAGGUUGCAAGUUCUAGAAAAUUACAACAAUGUCCUUGAACGGAAGAAAGCUAAGAACCCAACUUAUGGCUCAGGCAAGCGAAAAGAAGAAAGUUUUUUAAAUGACUUAUCUGAAAUUUCUGCAACUGAACUGGAUGAAAAUUUUCCUCAUGUGACAUCAAAAGCCAAUGUUAUAGUUUAUAGAGAUGUAAAAGACCAAAGAAAUUUAAAGUCAUAUCACAAACAGAAGAAAAAAAAAGACAUAGAUCCUUAUAAUGUAGGCAGAGCUAAAGACUAUAAGAAAAAAGUACAUCGCAAGAAGAGAUUAGAAGUAAAAGUAAUUAGUGAAUCCAGUGAAGAGUCUGAUGAUGAAUACAGGAAUAAAAGGAGAAAAUUGGAAAAUGCUGUCACUCUACACAAGGGAAAAAAUGAUAAAUCUUCCUUACAAGAUAGACUUCAAAAAAUGCUUUGUAAAAAGCCUCUAGAAUUACCAAAACCUGUUGCAACUGAGGAUAAACAAACAGAAACUGAAGUUGUUCCAAAACAUGAAGAUGUCAGUUGUUCGCCUAUAAUACUCAAACCAGAUUUACCAAAUAUUGAACUUGAAUUACAUGACAAAGGUGUGUCAGAAAGCCAAGUUAAUAAUGCACAAAAUGUAUAUGAGUCAAUAGACUUAUGUACAGAUGAUGAUGUUAGUUUUACAAAAGUACACCAAUCUGUAGAUGCCGUUGAUUCAGUUACCAAUAAACAGCAUGAAAUUGAACUGGAAAAGGAAGUAGAAAGUGACUCAGAUGAGGAUUUAGAAAUGUUAAGACAGCAUGCUCUCCAGACAAAAGUUUCCAAGACCAAAACUGAUCAAAUUGUACCAACUGAACCUGAAAAACCACUACUUAUGUCUGAAGACGAAGAUAGCGACACAGCAGAACUGAGGCUAAUUUGUCUUAAAUCUGCAUUGUUGAAGAAAGCUAUUGAAAUGAAACAAAAGCAAAAAUUACGGAAAAGGUUAUCUCAGUCUUCCAAUUUACACGAUGACUUUCUCCACGAAAAAGAUGAGCUUAUGGAUAAAAUAGAAUCUGAAAAUAAUACUGAUAUUGAGGCCAUGGAUAUGGAUAUUGGUUCUGAUGGAGAUGAAAAAUCCAAUAUUUGUAGUGAUAAUGUGAAAGAAAUGGUUUCAGAAAAAAGUACUGGUGCAUUUGUUGAAAGAAUGAACAGUAUGAAAGAACGAAGUCAACUCAAAGAGGACGAAUUAGAAGAAGAUGAGGAUUUAUUACGUGCUAGAUUAUUAACAUCUUUGAGUAAGAAUUUGCCUAAUCUAGUUGAUCCAAGUGUCAUCAAUACAAUUGAACAAGAGACAAAACCAGAAAGUACUCCACCAGCUGCACCUAAAACUCAGCAGCCAGAAAAUAGAAUUAUUAUUAAUCUUGGUGAAUCAGAUUCUGAAGGUGAAGAACAUGAGGCUACUAAGAAUUUGACCAAAAUGCAUGCGAAGUUGUCAGAACAAAUAGAUUUUCAGCAAAAGCUUGAUAUGUUUUUGAAAUCAACAAGAAUGGAAGUUGAAGGUCAAAAAUUGCCAGAUGUUGUACAAAAUCCUGUGGCUAAACCUAAGGAGAAGUUUGUUGCUAAGACCGUGAAUCACUUGCCGAAAUCAGAACAGAUAGAAUACAAAAACUUAGUUAAAAGAAUGGCUGAACUGGAGAAGAUAAAACAAGCACGGCAAUCUUCCAUGAUUCUUGCAAAACAAUUACAAGCAAAAGACACAUUGAAGCCAAGAAAUGUGUCUUUAGAUACUACAAAAAUUAUCGCUAUAAAUAAGUUAGAAGAACAAAUUGCAUUAUCUAGGAAAACAAUAGCAGAAGAAUCUGCUAAAAUGAUGAAACUGAAAGAGGAGUCGACUAAGUUAUCACAAAAAUAUAAAAUUGUUGCAACUGAAUUAAAAAAUAUUGCUACAGCUAUAACUUUGAAUAAAAAAGAACAGAGGUGUGUCCAAAACAAACUGGCUAAAAUUCGAAUUCAGCAUCAAAGAUUGUUGAACAGCUCAACUAACAAACAUUCCAAAUCAAAUGGUAAUAUACUGACUGUUAAUCGGCCGAGUAAUAGAGUCAUGUCAACAGCAAAGUUGCAAAAAGAAAAUAAUCCAGAAGACAAUAAAACGUCUGAAAUAUUUAAAACCAUCCAAGUCAAUGUGGUCAAUGAUAAGUUUCAAAACGAUAUACUUGGACCUCACGUCAAACUAUGUGUGAAACUGGAUUUAAAUAGAAGUAACCAGAAACAUACAGAACGAAUUGUUGAUGUUGUAAAGCAGUGUGACGCAAAUGAUGACGCCGAGAAUUUGAAAGAGGGUGACGUAAGUCGGCCAGUGGUGGAAAAAGGCGGAGGGAGAAGAGGUUCUGAUGCAACAAGUACUACAGAACAAAAGAAUGACAGAAGAAAGGAGUUAGAUGAUUAUGAGUCCCCACUACAGGCCUUCGACAGUGUAAAGUAUAUUCGUAAAAAGAAACGAAGAAAAUACGCAUGCUUGAAUUAUAAAUUGCGUCACUGAACGUGGAUGGGAUGUGCGUACUCAACGCCGCUCGCCGCGCGGUCUGGGAGGGUGACCCGAAUGCCAUCUUGUGCCCUUUCGAAGUCGGCGGCAAUUGCAAGGAUCCUGAUUGCAAAUAUUUGCACCCCAAAGUCCCCUCUCAAUGACACUCAACAAGUACACAUAACAUUUAUACAUACAUACGUAAGACACAGAACAAUUUAUCUUUAUUUCCUGACUCCUUCGACAGCAAACGGACUCUACAAUGAUGUGUAAAGUAUAUUAUUUUACGGCUUCCUUCAUCUCAAAUAUUAUUUUCAUGCAUGCCUAUUAUUUGUUUUAGCAAAAGUAUCCUAUCACAUUUUUGUCAUUCACAUUGUGUUCCAUAUAUUCCUGUUUAAGUAUAUAAUACUUACAGAUAGCAUUAUCAACUUUACCUACGUCUACACAUUUAUCGCAAGGCGAUAACAAUUUUUAUUUUGCAUUUUUUUUCCAUAAAAACAUACCUACAUUCAAUAUACAGUUCAUUUUUGCAAAGUAAAAGUGACUAUAAAACACGUACUAGUUAUCCAUAGAAUGUAGCGUUGAAUAUUUAUCUGUAAUGAAAUCAAUCAACUUGAUACAGGGUGGUGCAAUGUAAGAAUCUCGUUAAAUUGUCUUCUCAGUACAUUUCAUUACUUACUUGUAGAGUUGAUAUGUAUAUUGUCUUUAAUGAUAAAUUAUGCGAUUUUAGUUGGUGCCGAUGGCAGCCCAUCAUCGCUUCGGUGGCAGUGGUAAGUGACACGUGUAAUAUAGGUAUUAGUGCAUUAGUAGUGCUCUGUGCUCUGUACUUCACGAGACCCAGGACUUCGCCAUGGUAACGUGUUCAUACUACCAGACAAUUUAUAGUUAAGGUUAUUUUAAUAUUGAGACGUUAAAAAAUAUUGUACACUAUGUAAAAAAGUAUGAAAUAAAUAUUUAAAUUACUGUCAA